CCGAGAGAGAGACGCGAACGAGAGUAGGAGGAGGUGGGAACGUGAGUUCCCUUCUACGCGGCGCGAGAGAGGAGGCGGAAAAAAAAAAAAGAGAGGCGAGAGAGCACGCACACGUACGCGAGAACGCGGCGGCAUUGCGGCGAUUAUAUGUAUAUGCGCGCGCUCCGUGUGUGUGCGUGCGCGUUCACACCGAGAGCGAGCGCGCUGCAAAACCGAAUGUGUAUGUGCACCGGGAGGAAACGCACGUACAUGCAGAAGGAGUUGAGAGAGCGGGACGGAGACGGAGGGAGAAAGAGAGAGAGAGAGAGAGAAGCGAGGGAGACAGUGAGACGGGCCGUGUGUAUGUACCACUAGAAGAGUGUACCAGGCUACUAGUGUUGUGACGGCGAUCGUGCCCACGACUUCUCUGGCGGGCCGGUAUCCGCGUUCUAUCCGUCUAUCUUCUCCUUCUCGUCGCGCCCUCCCUGAUCCGUGGCGUUUUUGCGUCGGGUUCCCUCCGUGCUCCCCGAGACCUCAAGAGCCCCCUAGUAUCCUCUUCUUUCUCGACGACGGGGGCGAUCUCUCCUCCGCCUUCUUCACGUUUCCUCUUCGUUGACCUCUUCUGCGUUCGUUUUACACUCUCCGACAGUUUUUUUUCCUUUUCUCUUACUUCCUUUCCUCUCCCUCGUCCCCGGCGCGAUUUCGCGCGGACACGCGCCUCCACUUCCGGCCGAAAAGUGACCUCUCGGGCGACGGGCUUCUCGCUGGCGAGACCAGUACGGCUUUGCUACUUCGACCGAGAAUAUAGCCGAGGGUGUUGUCGUAAAGUACGCGCACGAUCAGGUCUAAGUGUUCGCACGCGUGUGCGAAGCGCAGGUGCUCCGGAAACGCGCGCCACGUGCUGCCGCCGCGACGUCACCGCCAAUGGAAUAAAGAGGAAACGUCGGCGGACAUCAAGGAGAUCGCGUUCCGUUAACAAGAAGAAAAACGUUCGAUUCAGUACCACCAAUCAUGCGGUACCUGCUGAUGCUCCAGAUUCUAAUCGCCGUGUUGCAGCCGAACCUCGAGGCCCGGCAGCGUGUACCUAACGUUAGAGGGAUGUACACCUUGAAGGAACACCUGCACAAUCACGAUAUCGUGAUACCACGGAAGGUGAAUCACCAGGGCGAUUUGAUCUCGCAUAAUGUAACGCAUCAUCAUCAUGAGGACGGGCCGGUCGUUCAUUAUCGUGUGCCAGUGGCCGGUAACGAGUACCACCUCGAGCUGACGGCGGUCGACAACUUCAUCGGACCCGCGAUGAUUGUAGAAAGACGGAAACGGUCGCUUCACGUCCGCAGCCCGGCGAAAAGUCAUGCCAGCAAAUGUCAUUAUCGGGGAUUCAUUAAGGGCCAUCGGAAUUCCCGUGUCGCCCUGUCCGCCUGCGACGGUCUGGCGGGUAUGCUACACGGCGACCACGGCGAGUUCUGGCUGGAACCAGUCGCCGUGUCUCUGGAAGAAAAACGCGGCACGUUGUCGGCAGACGAAACGACGACGACCGACGACUUAGGCGCCGGUAAUCGCUCGUCGGUAUUAGGUGGCCCGAUUGCCGGUCGACCUCAUCUUGUCUUUCGACGCUCGGCCGAGCAACAACAGCAGCAGCUCGAGAUCGGCGCCGGCGGUCGUAGCAAGCGACGGCGCAAAAAGAAGAGGAAGCAGGAGAGAAACUGCGGCACCCGCGAACCGCGUCGAUUGACAGAGACGCGGCUCGAAUGGCAGACUCAACCGGGUCUCGUCCAAGUUCAAGGCCGCGGACGUAGGAAACAUUACCAACCGAAACGGUGGCAUCGUUCCAAGAGAUCGAUCAGUACACCUCGUCAUGUCGAGGCUCUUGUUGUCGCCGACACCACGAUGAUGGCUUUUCAUCAGGACGUUGACGUGGAGAUCUACUUGCUGACUAUCAUGAACAUGGUGUCCGCGCUGUACCUCGACCCAACCAUCGGUAAUUUCAUCAACAUUGUCGUGGUCAGAAUUAUUCUCGUCGAGGAAGAAGACGCGGAGUUGGACAUCACGGUGAACGCGGACCAAACCUUGCACAAUUUUUGCAAAUGGCAACAGAAGUUAAAUCCCGACGAGGACUCGCACCCGAUUCACCACGACGUGGCGAUUCUGGUGACGAGGGAAGACAUUUGCUCGCGCGGGAAUACCCCUUGCAGCACCUUGGGAGUGGCGCACGUUGCUGGCAUGUGUCAACCGGAUCGCAGCUGCAGCGUAAACGAGGACAAUGGGAUCACGUUGGCGCACACUAUUACUCACGAAUUGGGACACAAUUUUGGAAUGUAUCACGACACGGAAAAAAUUGGCUGCAGUAAGCGCGAAGGUGACACUCUGCACGUGAUGACGCCGACCUUCGAGGUAGACGCUGUCGGAGUAGCUUGGUCCAGAUGCUCCAGAAGAGAUAUCACGAAUUUUUUAGACCAAGGAAAGGGAGACUGUUUAGAAGACGAACCGGCGAACAACGACUACGUGUAUCCGGAUUUGCCGCCCGGUGCAAUGUACAACGCCGAGCACCAAUGCAAGUUGCAGUUUGGUUUGAGAGAAGCUUCCGUUUGCUCUCCGUUACAAGAGAUCUGUUCGAAACUCUGGUGCGUCGUGGACGGUUCCUGCACCACCAUGCUGCAUCCGGCAGCUCCGGGAACGCAUUGCGGAAAACAUAUGUGGUGUCAGAAUCAAGAAUGCGUUCCCAUCGUCGAUCGACCUCAUGAGAUUGACGGCGGAUGGGGCGAAUGGGGAUCGUGGAGCGAGUGCUCGAGGACCUGCGGCGCCGGGGUUUCGAUAGUCGAGAGGAAAUGCGACCAUCCGGAGCCAGCGCACGGCGGAAAGUUCUGCAUCGGCGAGAGACGUCGUUACAAAAUCUGCAACACGCAGCCCUGCCCGGAAGGCGCGUCGAGUUUCCGCGCUGUGCAAUGCAGCAACUACGACGGAAAAGAGUACAAGGGAAAGAACUAUACCUGGCUGCCGUAUUUCGAUCAGACGGAGCCGUGCGAGCUUUACUGCACCGACACGGAGGAAAGCGUAAUCGUACCUUGGGGAGAGACGGCUCUCGACGGUACCCCGUGCAACGUUGGCACCAGGGACAUGUGCAUCGCUGGUAUUUGCAGGAAAGUCGGUUGUGAUUGGACGGUGGAUUCGAACGCCACGGAAGACCGUUGCGGUAUCUGUCACGGCGACGGUACUCAAUGCGAGACAACCAGCGGUACUUACGACGAAAACGACGGUCCCGGAUACAAGCUGGUCGUUAUCAUCCCGUUCGGCUCGCGUAACAUUAAGAUCGAGGAACUCGGCAACAGCAAGAAUUACAUCGGCAUUGGCGUGCCGGAUUCCGACAAGUUCUUCCUGAAUGGAAAACGACAGAUCACUUUAGCGGGCGAGUACGAAGUCGCCGGGACGCCAGCUUUGUACGAACGCGAUCGCGACAAAGAGAAGAUCAGAAUUCCAGGACCUAUCAAGGAGGACAUUGCGGUCUAUUCAAUUUACAGAGGUCACUAUCGCAAUUUCGGACUGCAUUACGAAUACACCGUUCCGAAAAAGGAACCUGACCGAGCGCCGGAAUACUCUUGGGUACCUUCCGAUUGGACUUUGUGUACAGUCACUUGCGGCGGCGGUACUCAAACUUCACACGCAGUCUGUCACGAGAAGAAGAGUGGCGUCGUCGAGGACCACUUCUGCGACGGCAUAGAGAAACCAGAGCCGAAGUUGCGCGAAUGCAAUUCGAAUCCGUGCCCGGCAAAUUGGUGGGUAGGACCGUGGCAGAUGUGUCCUGUUACAUGCGGCGAUGACGCGCUGCGUAAGAGAUCGGUGAUGUGCGUGUCGACUGGCGCGGGACCCAAUCGAUCGGACUUGGCUCUGCUUGAUCGCGAGUGCGACAAAAACACGCGGCCCGAAGAAGUACAAUUGUGCCCUGAUCUACCGCCGUGCGGAUCCACGGAAGCGCCGCUAAUUGUGUACGCCGACAACAAGGACAACAAGGACACGUUCUACAAUAUCAGCUUGAACGAGCAAGACGGUAUUACGAUGGUUGACGGUCUCACCACUGAGGAGCCGGAAAUCCUCGAGUUCGACAACGUCGUCGACGAGAAUCCGGACAAUUCUAUGUACAACACUAAAUCGAAGUGGACAGUAUCGAAGUGGAGCCAUUGCACAGGCGGCAAAAGGAGCAGGAAGGUCAGUUGUUCCGUACCGGGUGACUGUAAUCCGGAUAACAAGCCGGUCAGUGUCGAGGACUGUUACAGCGGAAAGUGGGUCACUGGGAAUUGGGGAAGUUGCAACGCAACCUGUCUCGCAAAAUCAGGUAUUAAGCAUAGAGUAGUGCAGUGUCGCGAUCGCGCGACAAACUUGCUGUCGGAUGACUGCAAUCUCAACAGAAGACCGUUUGACACGAAGCGCUGUUAUUAUCGACGACAAUGCGUCAACGAGAAAAAAGAUUGCAGAGAUAGUGUAGUCGCGUGCGCUACGCCACACUACAGGCGCAUGUGUGACAUAUCGCCGACUAUACGACAAAAGUGUUGCGCCACGUGCAUAAAACGACAGCGACACGUUCGUCACAACAGACGUAAUAUCUUUGCCGAAUAACAAGUUGAAAAGUUGAAGAGUUGAAAAAGACGGGAAAGAACGCACAAAAGCAUUUUACAAAUAAAUAUAUUUGCAACGGACACAUCCGUCUUGUCUUGUGCAUUUUAUCCGAAUUAUGAUAACAACAUAGAUGGAACUUUUUAUGUAUAUGGCAACGAGAAGAUA